UCUCUUCACUUUUCACCAUAUUGUCCCCCCCUACUAAAAAUUUUCUCCUUUUCUCUGGCAAACAAAUGGAUAAUAUUUCUCUAUAAUUCCAAAUAUAUCAUAGAUUUAAUUAUUUGCAUGUAUAUUACCCUCUUCAGAUUUUAUUGAGUAUGUUAUUGUUGUUAUCGUUGUUUCUUUGACUCACUAUUUUCAGCUCCUAUUUUUCAAGAUUUUUAUCUAAAGUACUUCAAUAUAGAUAGAACACUACGAGAGUGAGGAUAUGCCGAUAUUUAUUUAGUGAGUAUUUUUGUAACUAGUUAUGGAGUUUUGAUUUUUGUUGCUUUUUGUUUGAUACUAGCUAGCUACAAUUUUCACACUCAUUGUAGCUAAGAAUUCGUAACUAUAUAUGCAUAAUGUUUCAGUAUCGUUGUUAAGGAAUAUAUAUAUAUUCUGGUUAAUGAAUCUCUUUCUAGUUGCUUUGAAACAAUUAGAAGAUUCUUUAAAGAAAAUAGGAAGUUAUGUUUUUCAUCUUCUAUAGUCUUCUCAUUUUCUUGGAUAAUAUGUGGCCAUGAUAUACUAGGUCAACUAUCUUAUUGACCAAUUGGCCCUAAAGCCAAUUUUGGUUUUUUAGGGUGCAUCUGUUUUCUUACUCGUUAGCUUUUUCACAUAUUAUAAGAUAGAAAUUAAAGCGUAUAUAUCGCGCUUAUUCAGCAUCACCAGCAUGGAUUUUACGAAAGAAAAAGACGAUAUUUUCACUUCAAGAAAUAUUAUCUCGAGCGACAUUGUUAACACUCUCUCAUUAGCUCCACCGUUGAGUCGAUAUGAGAAUCAGAAACGUCGCGAUUGGAACACGUUCUGUCAGUACUUGAGAAAUCAUCAUUCUCUGAUGUCACUUCCUCAUUGCAACAGCAUUCAUGUUUUGGAAUUUCUAAGGUACUUGGACCAGUUCGGUAAGACUAAAGUCCAUAACCAAACUUGCCCAUUUUUCGGGGUGCCAGAUCCACCUGCACCCUGUGUUUGCCCGUUAAGGCAAGCCUGGGGAUCCCUUGACGCCCUUAUAGGGCGUCUUCGUGCUGCUUAUGAAGAACAUGGAGGGAAUUCGGAAAUGAACCCGUUUGGGGCUCGAGCAGUUAAGAUUUUUUUACGUGAUGUUCGUAAUUUUCAAUCCAAAUCUAGAGGGAUAAGCUAUGAGAAAAAAAGAAAAAGAUCAAGAAGAGAUCAGAAGAUUAUGGCAAUGGAAGAAGUUCAUCCAAUUCAUGAGGGCCUCAAGCAAUUGUCUAAGUGGUCUAAUGGACGAGACGACCCUGAUGAAAACAAUAAUAAUAAUGUAGGUUCAAAUCUUUGUGGACAGGCAAAUAUUAUCAAUGAGUAAUUUUCUAGAGUUUAAGUAUUAGUAAAAUAAAGACAUCAUUUUGUAUAUAUUAAGUUCCUUUCAUUUUCUUUUACUGUUUAAAUAGUAACUAAGACAAAUAAAUCGAAACGAUGAGAGAGUAUUAUAUCAUGCUCUCACACUUGUUUGUUA